AUACAGUAUUGGAUCUAAUGUUAUUCUUCGCCGACUGCAAAUCGUUUUCUUUUCUUCACUUUUUCUUUCUCUCUAUCCUCCUCUCCGAACCAGCACCGCCAUCUUCAUCGUCGACGCCACCACCUCCUUUAAUUCGCCACCACGUCCUAGACCACCACCUCCUAUACUUCCAUAAAAUUAAUCCACCACCUCAUCUUAAAUCUAUUGAUGAAUGAUCGAGAAACUAGUUCCCAAAACUGAGAUCUCAAUUAUCAGAAACAUAUUCAUUUGGAUUUCAACUGGACUUUGCUUGAAGAACCUAAAAUUGGUGAUAACAAUAUUAGUUCGUAAAGAGUUUCUCCGUCGGUUGGGAAGAUUCAAUCAUCAAAAUCGAAGAAAAAGAUAAGUUUUAUCUCUUGCGAUUAUAAAUCUUUGCAUUUUUUUGACUGAAGUUUGGUUGCUACUUUGUUUUUGUUCAUGGAUCUAUGGAUACAAAUGGAGUUGCUAAUCUUCAAGAAGAAAUUAAGAGAUUAGCGAGCAGUGAUGAAUGACUAAACAUUUCCCGAUCGGUGUUGAUUAUUGAAUUACCAUAUUCAGUGACCAAAAAUCUUUUAAUGACCUUAUAUUGUGUGUGUAUGAGCCUUUCUUAUUUGGUAUAUUUUUCCCUGUCUAAUUGAUUAAGAUUUGAUCAUAAAAAAAUUUGAUUUGGUGUUAUGAUUAUAAAAAUUCUUCGUCCUGAAUUUUCAAUGGCAUGACAAACUCUUUUUACCUAGAGAAUAUGAGCACUAUUUCUCUAAGAAUGUUAUCAUUAAUCGCUUUGAAUUAAUUUUACUUUUUUUCGGGUUUUUUAUGUAUCAGAUUUUGUUAAGAAAGAUUUCAAGAGAUUGGUUUCAUGACUGUUAAUUUUCCUUGUAAGAAUGGUAACUUGCAUAGUAGCCUCAAUCUACCCGAAGCCCAACUGUGGGUUUGUUGUUUCAUUGGGUAUUAUAGUAUCUUCACGACUUAAUUCAUUUGCAUUCAUGUAUUCACACACCUCAUUUAAUAUGUAUGUGACAUGAAUAUGUAUUCGUAAUAUCACAUGAUAUGUAUCUAGUAAUUCGAAGCAAGUUAAUGAGAAAAUCAACUAAACGGGGAAGUCGUGUAAUUGUUCCAUUUUUAUUUGGAUGCUCAGUGCUACGUGUUUGGCAUGUUAUGCAGCAGUAGACACCAUUUCGUAUUAUCAUGCGGCUUACACUGGCCUGGAAUUUGAAAGUGAAUGUAUUUAAAAUUCAUAUUGAUAUUUGCUUUGACUUUUGUUCCAGCAAGAACAAUACAGGCAGUGGUGCAGCUGUUUGAGAAUGCAUUGGAUCUGUUCGAAGAUGGUCCUUCAAUUCAAUGUAUGUCGCGGUUCGGAAACAGGUCCAAGCCCAUUCUUGAGUGUAUAAAAGGAACGUACGCAUACCUUGUUCUUCCUCUCAUCUUGUCCGCGUUCUUGUGUUUCUCCAUUAAUCAUCCUAGGAGAUCAAGAAAGGGAAAAGGAGUUUUCAAAAACAUUUCAAUUGGAAACUCCAUUGGAACUCCCAAGCUUGUUCUUCCAUAUACUUUCAAACGUAUGAAGGAGAAUGCUUGCAAGAGACAAAGAUGUGAGACCCUUGAUGGCUCAUGUGAUACCUCCUCCAUGAAUCUUCUUCAUCAAAUCCUCAAAGUCGUUGGUAAGAUUAGUUCCAAGGUAAGGUGUGUGCAAGAACAAUUACUUGUAAUUGCUACUAAGUUUCCAAAAAUCAAGAAUGACAUGGAUAAGAUUCAAGCCACUCUUAUGGUCCCCGAUGAUGAAGAUGACAAUUAGUCUUUCGUGCUUUAUCAUUUUUUUUGGUUUUUGA